AUGUUUGGAGCCGACGGUGAUUACAGUUCACUCUCAAGACGACCAAACGCUGUGCUUUUCCUGGAUAUUAGACCAUUGAGUGCUAAUACACAUCAGACAUCAGUUGAUCAAUCAGAUUUAAGUACAAGCAUUGGAUCCGGUGAUAGGCAUACCAUAGAGUGCAUCCCGGAACUACAUUCGCCCAAAGAUGGCGAACAGAUUUUCGAGGAGGACGUGGAAAUAGAGGAGAAUCGGGGGUAUCUUCUGAUAACAUUACGGCGCCGUAAAAGUAUCCAACGAAGCAUUCAUAUCGAUCCCAUCGCUCUCCUCGAUCACAGCUAUUAUGGCAUUACAUCUCGUUAUUUGAAACAGUCAUCGAAGUGGCGCUUCAAUACAUUCACUCUCGAUGUCCUAACCGGUGGCCAUUCCCUCUCGAGUCUACUCUUCCAUCUGUUUAUUGAAUACGAUUUUAUAAGAAUUUUUAAAUUGGAUGUAAUCAAUGUUUUGCGAUGUUUUCGAUAUCACGACACCAACCCCUACCACAACUCUGUCCACGCCGCAGAUGUCACACAAGCCAUGCAUUGUUUCAUACAGGAGCCCAAAAUACGCCAAUAUUUAACCCCUUUAGAGGCCAUGUGUUCCUUAUUGGCUGCAGUAUGUCAUGAUUUAGAUCACCCGGGAGUUAAUCAGCAUUUUCUCAUCGCCACUAAAAGCCAUUUGGCAGCUCUUUAUAAAAACUUCUCGGUGCUGGAGAGCCAUCACUGGCGGUUUGCCAUCUCCUGCUUCCACGACUCGGAAAUCUUCCAACACUUCGCUUCAGAAGAAUGGAAUCAAAUCGAAUCACUUCUGAAGGCAUUAAUAUUGGCCACAGAUAUCACUCGACAAAGUCAUUACAUCGCGGUGUUUAAAAAUUAUUUAGCAAAACCGGAAACCUUUUCAAUGACAAUACCCGAGAACCGACACUUCAUAUUACAAAUAGCCCUCAAGUGUGCAGAUCUGGCAAACCCUUGUCGGCCAUGGAAUCUAAGUAAAAGAUGGAGUGAACAGAUUUGUAAUGAAUUUUACAGACAAGGAGAUUAUGAAAGUCAACUCAAUAUCCCGGUCACCCCUAUAUGUAACCGACACACUAUGGGUAUCGCUCGUAUACAAACAGACUUUUUCAAGAGUAUCGUAACCCCACUGUUCGACUUAUGGGACCAAUUCCUGUGCUCUCCUCUGUCACGACAACUCAUAAAUAAUCUUCGUUUCAAUGACGACCAGUGGAACCAUUCACUCAUCAAAAGCAAACUCAAGCGCAGACACUCUCGCUCGUGUGUCUUCACUGCCAAACCGCGUGAUGAAUCCCUUAGAAGAAGCCAUUCUUUGAAUGAUAUCAAAGAUGCGAAGGAAAUGAGUUUAACUCAGUUCAAGAGUCUCUAUAAACCCAAAGCCAAACAAUGCAUUAAUGGUUGCGGCACUCCGCCCAAUGCUGACGAGUCCCACAAUAAGUCUAUUAAUAAAUCAAAAGUUUUAUGGGAUUUGCAAACCGAUGAAGAAGAAGAAGAGGAUCGUGUCCAACACUACGCCUACCAAAACAUUACGCCUAAUAUUAAGAGCUAUUCUUUUCAAAUGCCAUCACAACCAUCGCACGGCCCAUACUUUUAUGAUAAGAAACAUAUGAUUGGUCGCCGUGGAUCAGCUCCGGGAUGUAUAGGAGUGUAUGCGAGCUGUGAAUUGGCGGCCGCUUUAGUCUUCCUUCACGGGGCGGUCGCCUCUCAGGACCAGACGAGACGGUCUUCUUUCCCGGCCGACAGAGUGGGUGCUCAGGCUCGACAUUCAACAAAUAAUAUUCAUAACUUAAACGGUGCUAAACUGAGUCGGACGGGUGGUACUCAUGGGACAGCCGGUGCCAUGAGAGGCCGAUCACUCGAAUAUUUAGUGUCUUCAUUAAAGAAAAAUAAAAGCUUUUAUCACUCGACUACCAGUGCUCAACAUCACACCAAACUCUUGAGAAGGCAGGCCUGUUCUCUCGAUUCUGGUGCCGAUUCCGGGGCUUUGCAGUGGUUUUUCAAUAGUAAACCGCGAAGAGGUUCUGUUCCUCAAGAGAUUCUCAUCGAAUCAUUGAGUAAUUACACGACUUAAUAGACUUACAGUAAUAGUAUUGCUCUGUAUUUCAUAAUUGAUGACAAGUAGAGAGUCUAUGUAUAUGUAUGUAUGUAUGAGCCGGACAUUCAAUACAAGUGCCAACAAUUUCUUCUAAUAAACACAUGCAC